GCGGCACCCAGCGGGCAAGCAGCUCCUGCCCGCAGCGCGCUCGCUCGCCGCGUCCCCGGCUCUCGCGCAGCGCCCGCCCGCAGCCUCGGGCCCUGGCCGCGCACGGUGCACACGGCCGGGGCUGGCCGAGCGGACCCCGCAGCGCUAAGCGCGCCCGCAGCCUCUGUGGGGGAGGCGGUAGCGGAGAAGGACGAGAGACGCAGGGGCGGCCGCACGGAGGUGACAAGCUGCGCACCUGGAAAGUUACCCGGCUGGCGGGCCCCUGAGCAACAUGGGAAAUGGUUCUGUGAAACCCAAACACUCCAAGCACCCAGAUGGCCACCCUGGGAGCCUCAGUGCUGAUGCUCUGAGGAACAAGGUGGUAGAGCUGGAGAGAGAGCUGAGGAGGAAGGAUGCUGAGAUUCAGGAGCGGGAGUACCAUUUGAAGGAGCUUCGGGAGCAGCUGUCAAAGCAGACAGUGGCCAUUGCUGAACUCACAGAGGAGCUGCAGAACAAGUGUAUCCAGCUGAACAAGCUGCAGGAUGUGGUCCAUAUGCAAGGAGGGAGUCCGGUGCAGGCCUCUCCGGAUAAAGUGCCUCUGGAAGUCCACCGCAAGGCCUCAGGACUGGUCUCUCUCCACAGUAGGAGGGGUGCAAAGGCUGGAGUGUCUGCUGAACCAACCACCCGAACCUAUGACCUCAACAAGCCUCCCGAGUUUUCCUUUGAGAAAGCAAGAGUCAGAAAGGACUCCAGUGAGAAGAAACUCAUUACAGAUGCCCUAAAUAAAAACCAGUUUCUGAAGCGACUGGACCCUCAGCAGAUCAAAGACAUGGUGGAAUGUAUGUAUGGGAGAAACUACCAACAAGGCAGUUACAUUAUUAAGCAAGGAGAACCAGGAAAUCAUAUCUUUGUGCUGGCAGAGGGCCGAUUAGAGGUGUUCCAAGGAGAGAAGUUGUUAUCGUCCAUCCCUAUGUGGACAACAUUUGGGGAACUCGCCAUUUUGUACAACUGUACAAGAACAGCCUCUGUGAAAGCCAUUACCAAUGUUAAAACUUGGGCACUUGACCGAGAGGUCUUUCAGAAUAUAAUGAGAAGAACAGCCCAAGCUAGAGAUGAGCAGUACAGAAACUUUCUCAGAAGUGUAUCCUUGCUGAAAAAUUUACCUGAAGAUAAACUGACCAAGAUCAUUGACUGCUUGGAAGUGGAAUACUACGACAAAGGAGAUUAUAUCAUUAGGGAAGGUGAAGAAGGAAGCACUUUUUUCAUUUUGGCAAAAGGAAAGGUAAAAGUCACACAGAGUACAGAGGACCAUGACCAACCACAGCUGAUAAAAACCCUGCAGAAAGGAGAGUACUUUGGAGAAAAAGCUCUCAUCAGUGAUGAUGUCAGAUCCGCUAACAUUAUUGCUGAAGAAAAUGAUGUUGCGUGCCUAGUUAUAGAUCGAGAAACAUUCAACCAAACUGUUGGGACAUUUGAAGAACUCCAAAAAUACCUUGAAGGGUACGUGGCCACCCUGAACCGAGAUGACGAAAAGAGACAUGCAAAGCGAUCCAUGUCUAACUGGAAGCUGUCCAAAGCACUCUCUCUGGAGAUGAUUCAGCUAAAGGAGAAGGUGGCCAGAUUUUCCUCCUCAUCCCCAUUCCAGAACCUUGAGAUUAUCGCCACACUGGGCGUUGGUGGGUUCGGAAGAGUUGAGCUUGUUAAAGUAAAAAAUGAGAAUGUUGCUUUUGCUAUGAAAUGUAUACGGAAGAAACACAUAGUAGACACGAAGCAGCAAGAGCACAUCUACUCGGAGAAGAGGAUCCUGGAGGAGUUGUGCUCUCCGUUCAUUGUAAAGUUAUAUCGUACUUUCAAGGACAAUAAAUACGUGUACAUGCUUCUGGAGGCCUGCUUAGGUGGGGAGCUGUGGAGUAUAUUAAGGGACAGAGGCAGCUUUGAUGAGCCCACCUCCAAAUUCUGUGUUGCUUGUGUGACGGAAGCAUUUGAUUACCUGCACCGACUAGGUAUUAUCUACAGAGACCUGAAGCCAGAAAACUUAAUUCUAGAUGCCGAGGGUUACCUUAAAUUGGUUGACUUUGGAUUUGCUAAGAAGAUAGGUUCUGGACAGAAAACAUGGACAUUCUGUGGGACUCCAGAGUAUGUAGCUCCCGAAGUCAUUCUCAACAAAGGACAUGACUUCAGUGUAGAUUUUUGGUCUCUGGGAAUCCUAGUAUAUGAACUUCUAACGGGCAACCCACCCUUUUCUGGAAUUGACCAAAUGAUGACCUAUAAUUUAAUUCUAAAAGGAAUUGAAAAAAUGGAUUUUCCCAGAAAGAUAACAAGGCGGCCUGAGGAUUUGAUUAGGAGGCUUUGCAGGCAAAAUCCAACAGAAAGGCUGGGAAAUCUGAAGAACGGAAUCAAUGACAUAAAGAAACACAGGUGGCUAAAUGGGUUCAAUUGGGAGGGACUGAAGGCAAGGAACCUUCCGUCACCUUUACGAAGAGAGAUUAGUGGACCCGUAGAUCACAGCUACUUCGACAAGUAUCCACCCGAAAAGGGGGUGCCACCCGAUGAGCUAUCAGGCUGGGAUAAAGACUUCUGACCAAAGACAAGGUGAUGCCUGCUUUCAUACCUCAGAAGAGGACUAUAUGAAUCAAUAACCCAACACUGAUUAGUUCUUUCUUCAAAGUAUUCUAUGAACUUUUGGAAGACCAUGAAGGACAAGAAAUCUCUGCACAAGAGGUGGAAGAGAAUGUAUGGAGAUGGUUCUGCGUGAUGAAGUCUCAUUUAGAUGCUGUAAAGUGUUCAUUUAUCACAGUAUAUGCUGGUCUCCGAUGUUAAAGGCUAUUUGCCUCUCCUUUAUACAAUCAAACCAUUUUUGUUGCAGUGGCAUCACUUUCUCUGCAAUCUAUUGCUCUUCCCAGAUCAGACUGCUCUCCUCUCAGUCCCAGUGAAUUUUAACAAGGACCUUGUUCUUGAAUAACUAAGUCAUGCAAACGGAAAGAGGAAUACACACACAUUUUGAAACAACUCCAUGUAUUUAUGAAUGCAUCUUAAGAUGGUGGUUUUUAGACCAGAUGUUCAUCUUCUUUCAAUCUAUAAAGUCUGAUAAAAUUACUGAAAGUCUUCUGACACUAGUUUAAAAAAGGAAAAUUUGACUAUUACCCCAUUGAGUUAAUUAAUCCAAUGGAGUAAUUAUAUUUUACUAAAGAAGGAAGGAAAACAUAUAAGGGAAGUAUUUUCUCUUGUAACCAUUUGUGACACCUCAGAAAAUUUUCACAAACUUUGUUAAGAAUGGUUAUAAUGUAUGCUUAAAUAAAUGAUCAGUAGCCCUUUGGAAAGACUAUACUAAAAUUCACAUCAGACUGUGAAAUACUAAAAAUACAUCAGAAUAAAAUUAAAAGAGGCUUUUCCUUUUCAUUAAAGAUAAACAAGAAUACAUUUUAAUAGGUAAAGUUGUGGACUCUUUUAAACUCUGAGAUGUUUUGACCAAUUCUGUUAUUCUUGCUAUAAUAAAACAAAAGAUAGUAUAGUAUGAGCCCUGUUAAUAUUUAGUGAGAAGCCCCUUGGCAAAUGUUGAUGCAUUGUAAGUACUGUAGAGUUAAUGUAUACUUUUAAAGACAGUUGAGCCAUGCAUAUAUUGGUAAUUUUAACAUGAGCUGUUGGAGAAGUGGUAGCAUUUUAGAAAGAAAAAAAUAACACCCAAGUUGUGGCCUUUUCUUGACACUUCUGGCAAUCUUCCAAUCAAUAUAUAGGAUACUCUCAACAGUUGGACACCAGUACCUAAGAACUUUCCUUAUGAAUGCUUGUAUGUAUUGACCAUGAUCCUUCUCUUAGCUUCCUUUCAAAAUGGGUAAGAAGCAGAGCUUGUUGCUCUAUUUUUUUUUUAAACUGGCAAGUAAAACUAACAUCUGAUUUCCCAUAUUUUUCAAACUUCUGCUUAUAUUUUUAUAUGAAAGUAGUUUAUGUGCAAAGC